AUGACACUUGAAGUCUUGGCGGAUAAGAUUCAGGGCCUAGCGCUCGACGACGCAGAGUGUCUACCGUUUUGUCCACCCGACGAAAUCAAGCUGACUCUGGAGGGAUCUGACAACAUACCACGCCAUUUGUUCCGAGUAUUCACUCCGAAAUCUGCUGGGAUAACCGAUGAAUUUUGGACAAAGUCUCUUGAUGCUAGACUUUCAGGUAAAGACCAUAAAACGGAUAUCUUCGCUAGGGUCGAUAAGCGCCAUGUCGCAAAAAUGAUCAACAGCCAUCUACGAUGGUAUCAUUGCACGAGUGAUAACCUGGUGUCCUGGUCAAGCUCGUUGCUUGUUGUACUCGUGUACAUCUUCUACCUACAAGCUAGCACAUGGGACGGAUUGACGUUCGGCAACAUCCAUCUUUGCUCAACUUUUCGUGGAGACUUGGCAAAUGAGGCUGAGGAGGGCGAUUCAACAGAUGAUGAUAGUCUCUAA